CACACUGGAUGCAGUCCCAGUAGGUUAUCAUUUACGGAGGAGAGAUAACGUUAGAGAGCUCGGAUGAUGCUUCAAAUCACACAUUUUCCAUGCUUUUCAUUCGCAGAAAAGCAGUGACAGAUACAUUUUAGAUGAAUGUGACAGAAGAACAGUUGAUCCAUCCAGAUUCUUGAGACAAAAACACAUGGCAAGAAGAACAAGGAUGUUUUUGACAUUUCCUGGUAUAGUGGUUGUCUGUCUGCAUCUUCUGGGUGGCUCAAUGGAGACAGCCAAUGAAGUAGACCCAUACAAGAUUCUUGGAGUGACCAAAAGUGCAAGUCAAGCUGAAAUCAAGAAAGUGUACAAGCGCCUAGUUAGGGAAUGGCAUCCGGACAAAAACAAAAAUGAAGGCGCUGAAGAUAUGUUCAUCAAGAUUACCAAAUCUUAUGAGAUAUUAUCCAAUGAGGAGAAGAGAACCAACUAUGACCGGUAUGGCCAGACUGAUGACACCCAGCCGUAUGGUCAUGGUCACUAUGGUCACCGCCACGACCACUUCUACUUCGACGAGUCCUUCUUCCACUUCCCAUUCAACAAUAAGGGCAACCGGGAGUUUGCCGACAGCAAGUACGCUCUGCACUUCAACCAGUAUGUGAAUGACGUGGUGCCUGACAGCUAUAAGAGACCGUACCUGAUCAAAAUCACAUCCGACUGGUGUUUCAGCUGUAUCCACAUUGAACCGGUCUGGAAAGAGGUUGUGUUGGAGCUGGAAGCCUUGGGUGUGGGGAUUGGUGUGGUGGACGUUGGUUAUGAGAGACGUCUGGCCAAUCACCUCGGUGCUCACCGCACCCCGUCCAUACUGGGGGUCAUCAACGGGAAAGUGACCUUCUUCCACUACGCUGUGGUGAAGGAGCACCUGAGGCAGUUUGUGGAGGACCUGCUCCCUCAGAGACUGGUUGAGAAGGUUACAGACAGAAACGACUUUCAAUUCCUGAACAGCUGGCAUGAGCAGAACAAGCCGCACGUGCUUCUGUUUGACCAAGUGCCUGUAGUUCCACUCUUGUACAAGCUGACUGCUUUCGCCUAUAAGGAUUAUGUUCAGUUUGGAUACGUGGACCAGGGCCUGUCAGAGACUGCGAACCUACUGAAGCAGUUCAACAUCAACACCUACGCCCCCACCAUGCUGGUCUUUAAGGAGAGUACAGACAAGCCUGCAGACAUUAUACAGGCUAAAGGGAUGAAAAAACAAAUCGUCGAUGAAUUUAUAACAAACAACAAGUUUCUCCUCGUCCCUCGACUGGUGAACCAGAAACUGUUUGAUGAACUUUGCCCUGUGAAGCAGUUCCACCGACGCAGGAAGUACUGUGUUCUACUGAUCACUGGUGAUGAGGAGUCCUAUACCAUAGGAAACCAGGCCUUCCUCACAUUUGCCUCUACCAACACUCUGGAGGUGGUGAGGUUUGCCUACGUCUACCAAAGACUGCAACAAUCACUGUGUGAUAUUCUGCUGAAGACUAAGGACAGCACACCUCCACCACCACAGGUGUUCAUCUUGGAGCGUCGUAACCCAGCAGGGAAGGUCCUGUACAAGGAGGUGGCGGGUGGUUGGAAUGGUACUGAUGAGGAUAAACAACGUCUGUUGGAUGAGCUGGAGAGGCUGCAGAAAGACCCCUCCAUCCUCAACUACGACGCCAUGCUGCCGGAGCUCAACAAUGAGUUUGCCUCUAUGUUUCUUAUUCGAUGGAUCUAUACAGCAUAUGAUUACAUUUCUGAAAUCCUUGAUGAUAUUCUUCAUAAUAAUUGGCGUGAGAUGAUGCCCCUCCUGUCAUUGAUAUUCUCUGCCUUAUUCAUCUUGUUUGGCACUGUGGUGGUUCAGGCCUUCAGUGACUCUAGUGAAGAUGGCAAAUCCAAACCAAAGGCAAAAGAAGGAACUAAGGCAGAAAAUGGGUCACCGGGUAGCAGCAGCACCUCAAGUCGCCCACCGAAGAAGAACUUUGUGGAGGUGACGGAGCUGACAGACAUCACAUACACCAGUAACCUGGUGAAGCUGAGACCAGGCCAUAUGAACGUGGUACUGGUGCUCACUGAUGCCACCAAGAACGUCUUACUCAGCAAGUUCGCCAAAGAAGUCUACUCUUUCACCGGGAGCCUGACUCUGCACUUUUCCUUCCUGAAUGUGGACAAGCACAGUGCAUGGAUGGAGACGCUGCUGGAGUUCGCCCAGGAUGCCAUGCAGAUAGACACUGACGAGGACGAUGGUGCCCGCCACAAGAUAGACUACACGGGCUAUGUGCUGGCACUCAACGGCCAUAAGAAGUACCUCUGCCUCUUCAAGCCUGUCUACACCGGGGAGGAAGGUGGGUCCUCUGAGGAGGAAGGGCCCGGGGGCGCUACUGGGGGAGGGAAGAGGUCUAGGUCCGGGUCCAGGGACGACCACCCACCACGCAGGUCUACGCCCAGGUCCCGCUCCACCGCCACACUGCAGAUCCACCACAAACUGGACCGCCUGGGGCUGUGGAUGGAGAGGCUUAUGGAGGGAACUCUGCCCCGGUACUACAUUCCUGGCUGGCCGGGCCUGGACAAGAUCACAGGCCCCAAAUAGAAAUCGUGUCAAUUACUGUACGUUGUGAAAAAAUAUCCCCAAAAAGAUAUGCUUGGAAGUCUGAGAUGCAUU